CUCCAGCGCCCGGCGCGCCAAGGCGGCUAUCGAGCGAGCGAGCGUGCAGCCGCCGCCGCCCCGAGCACCCGCAGCUCCGGCGCCGCGGCGAGACCGGAGGAGAACCCACCGACCGACGGACCCUCGCAGCCGCGGCAUCCCGGAGGAGAACAUGCUUGCCAAUUCAGCCAGUGUGCGGAUUCUCAUCAAGGGAGGCAAGGUUGUGAAUGAUGACUGCACCCACGAGGCUGACGUCUACAUUGAGAACGGCAUCAUCCAGCAGGUGGGCCGUGAGCUCAUGAUCCCCGGAGGGGCCAAGGUGAUUGAUGCCACUGGGAAACUGGUGAUCCCUGGAGGCAUCGACACCAGCACCCACUUCCACCAGACCUUCAUGAACGCCACAUGCGUGGACGACUUCUACCACGGGACCAAGGCAGCACUAGUUGGAGGUACCACCAUGAUCAUCGGCCAUGUCCUGCCUGACAAGGAGACCUCCCUUGUGGAUGCCUACGAGAAGUGCCGGGGUCUGGCUGACCCCAAGGUCUGCUGUGACUACGCCCUCCAUGUGGGGAUCCCCUGGUGGGCACCCAAGGUGAAAGCAGAAAUGGAGACCCUGGUGAGGGAGAAGGGUGUCAACUCGUUCCAGAUGUUCAUGACCUACAAGGACUUGUAUAUGCUUCGGGACAGCGAACUGUACCAAGUGUUUCACGCUUGCAAGGAUAUUGGGGCGAUCGCCCGGGUCCAUGCUGAAAAUGGGGAGCUCGUGGCCGAGGGUGCAAAGGAGGCGCUAGAUUUGGGUAUCACAGGCCCAGAAGGAAUUGAGAUCAGCCGUCCAGAGGAGCUGGAAGCAGAAGCCACUCACCGAGUUAUCACCAUUGCAAACAGAACUCACUGUCCCAUCUACCUGGUCAACGUGUCCAGCAUCUCGGCCGGUGACGUUAUUGCAGCUGCUAAGAUGCAAGGGAAGGUCGUGCUGGCCGAGACCACCACUGCGCACGCCACACUGACGGGCUUACACUACUACCACCAGGACUGGUCCCACGCAGCCGCCUACGUCACAGUGCCUCCCCUGAGACUGGACACCAACACGUCAACCUACCUCAUGAGCCUGCUGGCCAAUGAUACUCUGAACAUUGUGGCGUCAGAUCACCGGCCUUUCACCACGAAGCAGAAAGCUAUGGGCAAGGAGGACUUCACCAAGAUCCCACACGGCGUGAGCGGUGUGCAGGACCGCAUGAGCGUCAUCUGGGAGAGAGGAGUGGUUGGAGGAAAGAUGGAUGAGAACCGUUUUGUGGCUGUUACCAGUUCCAAUGCAGCGAAGAUUCUCAACCUGUAUCCCCGCAAGGGCCGCAUCAUCCCUGGAGCCGAUGCCGACGUGGUGGUGUGGGACCCAGAAGCUACAAAGACCAUCUCAGCCAGCACCCAGGUGCAAGGAGGAGACUUCAACCUGUACGAGAACAUGCGCUGCCAUGGUGUCCCACUGGUCACCAUCAGCCGGGGGCGGGUCGUGUAUGAGAAUGGCGUCUUCAUGUGCGCUGAGGGCACCGGCAAGUUCUGCCCCUUGAGGUCCUUCCCAGACACUGUCUACAAGAAGCUGGUCCAGAGAGAAAAGACCUUAAAGGUGAAGGGAGUGGACCGCACUCCCUACCUGGGGGAUGUAGCUGUUGUUGUGCAUCCUGGGAAAAAAGAGAUGGGAACGCCACUCGCAGACACUCCUACCCGGCCUGUUACCCGGCACGGAGGCAUGAGGGACCUUCAUGAAUCCAGCUUCAGCCUCUCUGGUUCUCAGAUCGAUGACCAUGUUCCAAAGCGAGCCUCAGCUCGGAUCCUCGCUCCCCCCGGAGGCAGGUCAAGUGGCAUUUGGUAAAGGCACUGACCAGCCCCCCAAGUGAAGAUGCACCACUGCCACCAGCCCACACGCCCUCCGGCCACAGCUGCAGGGGGCGGGAGAGGCCGGGCUGGGCAGCGCACCACCUGAGGGGGCCCUGGGACACGGGGAGCCCUCCCCACGUCUGACACGUGAUUCACUGUGCUUCGAGCCGACCCUAACAGGCACUUUGAGAUGUGUUCCUCCUGCUGCAGUCCUUUCCUGCCUUGGCCUCGGCAGGCUUCCCGGGGGCCCAUGCUAUGCACAGAGCCCAAUGCAUAGAGCCUGGCCCCGCCCCUCCUCUCACACCCGCCUCUGGGCUGGCCUUGGGAAAGCCCAACCUUAGUGCCCUGCCCCUGGCUGACCCGCCAGCUGUCCAGAGCACUUUAGCAGAUGUGUUUUAAAAGAAAAGGACUCCCUCCCCCAUCCCCUUCGGCCCAGUGGUCACUUUCCCCAAGUCAGACCGGUGUUGGCAUCCCAGCCAUGCCCAGGACGUCCCGUUAUUCCCCACUCAUCUCCCGCCCCUGUUUGGUUGUGGCUGGGACACUCUGCGCCCUUUGCCAGCUGCUUCCUCUCUGCCAACCCCCAGGAGUCCCAGGCCCAGAUGGGCUGUCCGGGCGGGCAUGAGGCUGGUGCCAGGCGCGUGUAUAUGAUUUUGUUUUGCACGUUUGGUUUGCGCAGUGGUUUGGUUUGACUUGUUUGUGCAUCCUGUGAAAAAUGACGGUGCUUCGUGUCACUAGCAUAGCAUAGAAACAGCAAUAGAUGUGGACCUUAGGAGAUGCUGCAUCGACACCAACCAGACAGCCUAGGGCACCGCUGACAGGGGUGAGAGGGGGGUACUGGACUCGAGGGCCCUUUUUCUCCCUUCCUGGAGUCUUCCUGUCCCUCCCCUCCCCUCUUGGUCUAGUUUCCUGCAUCCUGAGAGGGUGCCCGGGAUGCUGGCCCUGCAGACCUUCAGGGAGCAGGGUGGCCUUUCCCAUCUCUGGCCCUGGUCACUCCCAGCACUGACCCCACACACACACCCAGCCGCCUGUAGGCUUCCGCCUACUGGACAGAGGCCCCGCCACUCCUCCGUGUGAUUGGCGAGAGGCCUCAUGCCUGCUAAGAGAGGUGGGGGUGGGACUUGGGGGAGCAGCCUGGCUAGAUGCCAGGUGGGAGGCCAGGCCAGCAGGACCUGGCUGUAGCCCACAGCGCUGCUCAGGGGCUGCAGUCUCCUGUGGUCAGCACCUCACCCUAACCUGUCUGUGGCCUCCAUCUCCUCCCAGUUGGGCCCUCCCUGCCUCCAAAGCUCCAGGUGGUUUCCAUGGAAACACUAGAGGCUGCCCUUGGUAAGCCUUGUUCCCCCCUCGGGGAGUGACAUCAUGUUGCACACUUGGUCUGAGCACCCGGGCUGACACGCGGCUCCUGGACUCUUGGGCCGGUGGUCAUACCCGGCACAUUUCUGUAGUGCUUUUCACAUUGUCAAAGCCCUUUCAUGUAUGAGCUCUCAAUUGCUCCUCAUGAUAACAAAGUGUGUAUUAUUCUCCCCAUUUCGCAGCUGUGGCCCAGAAAGCUUAGGCCUUCUGACUCCGGAAAUGUCCAGGACUGCCCUUAAGAGCUUGGCUGUGUACCCUAGCUGUGGACAGGAGGAGUGGAGUGACAUCUCUUGCAGAUCCCACCUGAGAGUUUAACCAACUAAAAGACUUACUCUCCCAGUAGGCAUUCUGCUUUGUUUUGCACAGGUAGAUAAAUUUUUCUUGUAAACAAACUGACGCGUAUCACUGUUUGAGCCGGAGCCAGUUACUCGUUGGCAGCCUGCCACGUGGUUUGAGCGGUCCCCACAUUCUCACUUCUCCACUCAUGCUCCUCUUCCUCACUCAGGGGCUGAGAGGACUGAGACACUAACCCAGGAAGCAGAGGCAACAAAGACACUCAUGGAGGGUGGUGGCCAUGGGGACAGUCGGUGGGGUCUGAGCCUAGGAAAUUGUGUGACACUGACCCCGUGGUACAGUGCGCAUCGUCUUUAUCCCUUUCAGCCCUUGCUGGGUCAUGGGCCUUGGGCAGAUGCCAAAGAGCCAAGCAGUGGUGGUGGCCAGGGGGCAGAGCAUCCCUGCUUGGGCUAGGAAAGCUUUACCUUCUCUGAGUGCCUCCGCCCGAGAGAUGCGUGGUCCGUGGCUCUGGGAGACCACAUGUUGGUGUGGUCCAUCGAAGGCCUUCCGCUUCAUUCACCCCCGACCCUUACAUAGACCCACCCUUGCCCAGGAGCUUCUAGAUGAAAAUCAGAAGGAGGUUCAAGGAACCAAAUGAAAGGUCACCCCCUGCCACCCAUUCCCUGCCCCUGUGCCGAGCUCCAGCCAGCCCCAUCACCAGCCCCACUGGCUCUUGGUUGGAAUGAAAAGGGUCUCUGGUUGCACUGAAUGCAGCUCUCAAACUGGUCUUGUACUUGCUGAAUAAAUACUGUUGUUCUUGCCUUAGCUGCUCUCUAGGUUUGUGGGGUUAAGUUACCAGAAAAUUGUGCUACUGUGUGUGCGUGUGCGUGCGCGUGUGUGUAGUGCUAGGAGUCCGCAGUAGGUCUCGGUCAAGCCAGUGCCGUGAUGAGGGCUUUUCCGAUACUGACCCAGAAACCACAGAACCACUCGGAAACCCAAACCCCCUCCAGCUGCCCAGGUGGCAGGCACAGCCUGGGGUCGGGAUGGAGCCUCCAGCACCCAAGUGACUUCCUCACUCCUCUGUAAAUGUCAUGGUGCUAAGAUUGUGUCAACCCCAAGAUGACACAUGGUCCUGUGCUUUGGCCACCUGACUGAGGCAAAAACAAAACAGCCCGACUCGUUGUGUUCUGGUGCAGGUUUGUAUUAAACUGUAGCUACUUCUCA